GCGACAAUUAAUUGCACCUUUAUUUGUCAUCGCGGUGAUGUCAUCGUUUCCGUCCUUAAAGGGCUUAGAAACGACAACAUGGAGCUUUUCUCCAUCUGACCAUCCGAAGGCUCUUUGAAAACGCACUGAACCUGUUUCUUCUCUCUGACUGAACAAGCCAGAAUGUGGCUGCGCUGCCGCACUGCGCUGCUCACCUCUUCCCUCGGCCUUGGCCUGCUCACCCUGAUCACCCUGCUCACCUUGCUCACCCUUUCGGCCGCCCUCGCGAAGCUGGACACGUUCCGCGGCUGCGCCGUGCGCGACUUCUCCUUCGUGGCCCAGAAGCCGGGCUGCCGCGGCCUGCGUGUGUCCACCGAGGCGUGCUGGGGUCGAUGCCGCACCUGGGAGAAGCCCGUCCCGGAGCCGCCCUACAUCCAGCGGCACCACCGAGUCUGCACCUACAGCCGCGCCCGCUACCUGACGGCCCGCCUGGCCGCCUGCCCGCCCCACGUGUCGCCGCUGUACCCGUACCCGACGGCUCUGCAGUGCGACUGCGCCCUCUGCUCCACGCGGGACACCGAGUGCGAGACCCUGUGAGGCAGAGAGCGCAGUGAGGAGCCUUUACAGCGUGAACCCGGUUGCGGCUAAGAGUGACCGCGGUAAAUGAUGGAGCUGUGCUGUACGUUAAUAAAGUGGCGCGA